AUGCUCAACCGACUCGUCUACAAGCCCAACCGAAUCCUUGAGAAGCAGAAGUUCUUCCAGGCUGCUGAGGGUCCCAUUUACCGUCGUCUGCCCAGGGCAAGCUUAUACCUCAACGUUACGUUGGCCGGCUUUGCUCUCGGAUCAGUAGGCUCGCUAUACGGGAUAUACAAGUUGAUUGCGGGCGAGUCCAAGGAAUGA